CCGGAGGUCAUGACAAAUAUGUUUCACUGCAGGUGACUUUACCCCGCCAGGAACAGCACAUAGCAACGUAAGUGGUGGAAACACCUUUUAGUCGGCGUUAAUCUGUUUGACAUGAUGACCAUCCUUACUAUGUCAACUCUGGGUAAUAAUUAACCAACACAGCAUUAUAAACUAGGCUGGCUUACGUGUAGUCUUUUUUUGGGAACUAAAACCAUUAACGACAUUGUAACUGCACGUUACCUGUCCUGCUAGCUGGCGUCUAAAGGCUCUUGAGGAGCUGUCCCAGUCAUCUCACCUGAUCUGACAAUCCAUCAUCACAUCUACUGACCCACUGACCUGCCAGCAUGGCUAACACAGACGCUGUCAGUGUGCGGGUCUUCUCUCUGAACUGCUGGGGGAUCCGCUACCUCAGCAAGCACUGUCCUCAACGCUAUGCUAUGAUAGGAGAGAUGUUAAGCAAGGAGGAGCAUGACAUUGUCUUACUGCAAGAGGUGUGGAGUGAGAAAGAUUAUUUGUCUUUGAAGAAGAAACUUGCCUCCAGUCAUCCCCACUCACAUUACUUUAAAAGUGGAGUCAUUGGGAGCGGUCUGGCAAUUUUCUCCAAACACAGAAUCCAUGAUACAUUUGUUUAUCGUUACUCACUGAACGGUUAUCCAUACAUGGCUCACCAUGGAGACUGGUUCGGCGGUAAAGCGGUUGGGAUGGCUGUUUUGAGCAUUGGCAGCCUGACUGCAAACAUCUAUGUUACUCAUCUGCAUGCAGAGUACUGCAGAGACAAGGAUUCUUACCUACCUCACCGAGUGGUUCAGGCCUGGGAGCUGCAGCAGUUCAUUCGUCAUACCUCUGCUGGAGCAGAUGUGGUGAUCUUAGGUGGGGACCUCAACAUGCACCCUCAGGACCUGGGUAACAGACUACUGAGGACUUACACAGGACUCAAAGACUCGUAUUUAGAGACUCCGAAGUUUGAAGGAUGUGAUGAGGGUUUGACUCUAAUAGCAGACAACCCGUUUAUCAGUAAAAAGGAGCUCGGCCCCUUUGAGAAGGGAAUUCGAAUCGACUACAUCCUCUUCAAGGGUUCUCCAAAAACAGACAUCUCUUGUGAUUUCAUGUGCACCACCAAAGGCUCCGUCCCUGACCAUCCGUUCCCGUACUCCGACCACGAAGCUCUGACGGCUGAACUCAGGCUGAAGACACACACUCCAUCUGACACUGGCAGUGGCAGCGGCAGCCAAUCAAAGAAGCAGGACUCUCCUGCAGAGAAGUUGGCUGAGUUGGUGGAUAUCGUGACAGAGGCGCGUACAGAAGUCAAGGUGGGUUUGCACUGCGCUGAGGGGAUGCGCUACACAGCCGCACGCACCGGAGUGAUGGGUUUUGCUCUGCUGAUUCUUGAGCUGGCCAUCGCUGCUGUACCCUGGCUGGCUCUGGGAGCAGAACAACCUUUCCCACGCACCUCCUUUUACCUACUGGCUGCACUGUGCUUCGCCAUCCUGCUGACCACCUCUCUGCUGUACAUCUUCUACACCAUGGAGCUGAAAUCACUGCAUGGGACUGAGGACCAGAUGAGGCUGGCUGUAGGAAGUCUGCAGGAGAAGCUCAGGGGGUUUCCUCUGGCUCAGCAAUACAAUCCGCAGAGGAGGCCCCCAGAGGGCCAGGAGCCCAGUGCCUUUGACCCAGAGGAGUAAUACAGGAGUCAAGCAGGUCGAAGUGGGCUACAGUAAUGACGCCUUAGAAGUGAGCUUUAAGAUGAAUGUUUGAGAAAGAAAGGAGCCAUUUACCCUCUGAAUGUGUUAUAUGCUAUUGAGAUUAAGAUCUGUGCUGCUGAAUGAAGUAGUUUUUGAAGGACGUUUCUGAAAGAAGUGCAGGACACAUGCUUUGACAUUUUUAAUACUUUUUAUAUACUUGUCUUUAGCCUAUUUUUAACUAUUUUAUGCACCUCAGCAAAGAUCCUUCCUGUUACGUAGUAUACUUCCGUGCUACUUCUUUUCUUUAAGGCCAGAAAUGUGAUGAUUUGUGUUUUUUUUUUAAGCCUCACGUCCCACUUGCAUUCCAUCCUUUAGUAGUUUCAGCGGGACCAGUCGUUUCUGUUUUUAUAUUCCAGUCCACCAAGAAGUAAUCUAAAUGGCUUCAGAUUGCUUCCUGAUUGACUAACAGAAAGUAGCCCUGUGGUCUCUAUUGCAGGGAAGACAAGGACACUCUGAUGGAUGGAGUUUUACAUUUUGGCCAGUAAUAUUUGUAUUUUUUUGGCGGUGUGCAUCACUGAGAGCUUCCAGCAUCACCUAAAUGCACCUGUUUAGACUUUACACAGUUAGUGUAUAAAAAAAAAAAAGAAGAAGAAAAAGGGACAACUCCCUCUUAAUUUUUCCGUUACCAUGCCGAUUGUCUUGCACUUGAAAGUAUCUGUAUGUUAUAGACAAUCUACACUCCUCUUUCUAGAAGUUAAACAGCUGGAAUGCACUCAAGUCUUAUACUCUUUAACUUUUCACCUCGUCUUUUGACGUGUUUUACAAGACAUCAUGUACUGUAGGGGAAAUUAUAACUGCUUAAUAUGUCUUUAGUGUGCAGUGCACUCACUUGACUAACCCGACAAACCACUUCCUUUUAUGUGUGCCUAGAAAUUACCUAAUGUUCUGUAUCACUUUAAAACAGUGCUGUGACUGAUCAGGAGCCGAGAAAUGACUGAUGAUUUUUAAAAUUAAAUCAACUUUAAUUGAGAAUGUUCAGCUGUUAAAUGUGAUGGGCAUUAUUAUGAAAGCAAUAAUAAAAGAAUCUAUUGUCAA